GGAAAUCCACACCGGAAGACUGUAGAUUGCCGGGCUUCUUAUACAGAGGAACACGACGAGUAACAAAGUCAGGGCUGCUGUGUCAAAGAUGGGAUGUGCAGAGCCCACAUGAACAAAGUUAUUUCAUAUUUAGUCUUGCACAAGAGAACUACUGCAGAAACUUUGACAGGGAAGAACCAUGGUGUUUCACUAGUAACUCUAGCGUUCGUUGGGAACUUUGCGGUGUGAAAGUUUGCUCUUCACCAUGUCUAAACACAUCGUUUGAUACUCAAAAACUAGCAUCUCUCUGUGUUGCUGCUGAACCAACCGGUACUGAAUUUUGUAGUCGCUUGUGGAGAAUUGUUGGAUGUUUGAAGAACAGGAUUGAAAUUUCUACGGACAUUCAAUGUUCUGGGAUUGAGUUAAAAUCCAUUGCUUUGCAAAGACAGGACAUGUUUGAAAGGUUAAUGGGAAGGUCACUCUCACAGUGUAUAAAAGCUCCAUGUGCAGAUCCACGUUUGGCAACUAUUGAAGGAAUAAAGAAAUACGCAAACCCUUGCAAUAAACAAUACCCCCUUGAGAGGUCAACUUCAGAAACCUUGUGCGGUAAUGUUCAACGUGUAGCAAAUUGUAUGGCUUCAAAACUAAACGAAGAAACAAAUUCCACUUGUCUGACAAAGGAUAAAGUAUCAACGGCAAAGGAGUUAUUAGGUCUAUUACCACAAGAUGCUGCCAAUGUUAGUCUUUGUUUAUCGAAAAUAUCUGAGUUUCCACUGUCGACAGAAGAAUCUCCAGAUUUACCAAGAGUAGUCCAGCAAGAUGUGACAGAGAAAUUAGAUCAGACACAGUUGUUUAUUUACAUAGGAUCUACAAUUGUUGUGCUUUUCGUUGGCAUCCUAAUUUUUAGCGUGAUAGCAACGAGAAAAAUGCUCUUGAAAAAAAGACGCAAAGAACUCUUGCGCCUCCCUACUAUUCCGAGAACAGCACCUAGUCCAUAUGAAACCAAAUUUACCUUCUCAAAUGAUCCGCACAGUGAUCCCGAUUAUGAUAUUGUUGAAGAAGAAGAGGAAAAUUAUGAACAUUUGCAUGAACUAAGGGACGAAAAGGAAACUACAAAUGACAAGGAGCGAAUGAGUGUAGAAUCUUACGUGGAUCCUAAAAACCUAGAGGUUAACUGUCAAGAAGUAAUGCAUUCAUCAAACGAGAAAAGUUAUGAGAAUAUUAAUCCCUACAUAGAGUUGAUAGAUGAUUCAGUUGAAAGUACGGCUACAAGGGCAGAAAAUGAAACUCCAGUUGAUAAAGAGCGACUGAGUGUAGCUUCUUACUUGGAUCCAAAAAAUUUGGAGAGUAACUAUCUUGAAGUAAUGCAGUCUUCAAACGAUGAAAGUAAUUUGAAUGUCAACCCCUACACAACGUUGAUAAAGGAUUCCAUUGAAAGUACAGUUGGAACGCAAGUUAAUGAUGGCGUGCAAGAAAAUGAAGAAUACAGUAGCAGCCCUGAAAAUACCAAACAUCAGGAGAUUGAUGAUUAGAAGAAAUAUUGACUCCAAAGUGAACUUUACCUGUAAAAGAUUUUUUAAUAUUUAUGUCAUACUCUUUCUAAAAAUUAAUUUCAAAACGAACUCAAAAAUGUAAAUGA